UUGGUUAUUAAGUUGUGGACUUGUGGUGCGGCAGAUUUGGCUGGGACAUACUUGUCCAGAUUUGAUAAAAAAUAGGUGCCCAAAGUAAAGUCGGAGGCGCGCCUAGCAUCACCCAUCUAAAAUAGCAAACUAAAAUCGCGAAGCAGAGUCUGCGACCAGCAACGACGGCGAGAGAGACCAGCUACAGCAACGGCGACCAUCGUACCGAAGUCGCGACCCUGACACGUGCGGCGCGCUACUGUACCGCGAUCCAGAACGCGCGAUCCGGAACGCAGACCGUGGCAUGUCUAGCGAUUUCUGUAACCAUGGUACAGAUUUGAGAAGUUGAUACACUACAAGCCAUUAAUGAGUCACGCGGAGAUGGGUCGAUAUAAAAAGAUCUUUGCUAUACAAGAUGCAACUUUUUGAGGGAUGGAUGACUCCGCAUCCUAUCCGCAUAUAGAACCUUCCAGCUUUGAUCUAAUCGUUAUAGGUACCGGUGUAUCGGAAUCCAUCAUUGCUGCCGCGGCCUCUGCCGCCGGAAAAUCUGUCAUCCACCUUGACCCCAAUCCAUUCUAUGGUUCUCAUUACGCUUCUCUCCCCCUACAUGACUUCACUUCAUUCAUUCAAUCCCAUUCCAACUCUUCCUCCACCCCUCAUCUUGCUUCACAAUACCGCCAUGAAUCGGAUUUCCAUCUCGUGCCGCUUUGUACUCGCCAGCUGUACUCCUCCAUUGAUGUCUCUCUGUACUCGCAGGAGCCUAUGAACUACUCCAGCAAGUUCAACAUUGAUUUGGCCGGACCUAGAGUUUUAUUUUGUGCUGAUUCUAUGGUUGACCUCAUUUUAAAUACGGGUAUCAAUCUGUAUAUGGAGUUCAAGUCGGUGGACGGGAGCUUCAUCUAUGAUGGAAAUGGUAACUUGGAUUACGUGCCUGAUUCACGCAGUGCAAUUUUCAAGGACCGCAAUUUAAGUUUCACUGAGAAGAAUCAGUUGAUGAGGUUCUUCAAGAUGGUGCAGGGGCAUAUGAGGGAAGAUUACACGGAAAUCAAUCGGAUAUCUCAGGAUGAUCUGGAGAGUCCGUUUUGUGAGUUCCUGAGCAAAAUGGGGCUUUCGUCCAAGCUAAAAUCGAUUAUACUUUAUGCUAUAACCUUAGCAGCUGAUGAUCAGGAAAGUGUGAAGGGUUAUAAAGUUAUCAAGACCAGGGAUGGGAUAGAUCGUUUAGCUCUUUAUCACUCUUCAGUGGGCAGGUUCUCCAAUGCACCUGGUGCUAUGAUUUAUCCAAUGUAUGGCCAAGGGGAACUGUCACAAUCCUUUUGCCGGCGUGCUGCUGUGAAAGGGUGUAUAAAUGUUCUUCGGAUGCCUGUCAACUUUAUUCUCAAGGACAAGGGAAGUGGAAAUUACAAAGGUGUCAAAUUGGCUUCUGGUCAAGAACUAUUAAGUCACAAUUUAAUAUUGGCUCCACCAUUUGUAAUUCCCUUUGAUACUGUCGAGUCUCGUACUCAAUCUCUGCAAGAUGAUUCUCUUGGUCUCGAUAAAAAAGAUGUAGUGAAAGAGAAGCUGGUCAAGGGAAUAUGCAUUGCAAAGUCCUCACUGAAACCAGAUGUGGCAAACUGCUUAGUAUUCUUUCCUCCUCAAUCUUUGAUCCCUGAGCAGGUGUCAUCAAUUCAUGUCUUCCAGAUAAGCAGCAAUGUUGCGGUUUGCCCGAGUGGAAUGUUUGUGACUUACCUUUCAGUUACAUGUGAAGAUGCUGUGCAAGGGAAGAAACUGCUUGAAGCAGCCAUUAAUGCAUUGUUCUAUGUUCCUGUUUCUGGCACUUCUCAAAAUGAUCAUACAGACCAUCCAAAUUCAAUUGCCAAACCAGCAAUACUUUGGAGCACCUUGUAUGUACAGGAGCUGACAAAGGAGGAUUCAUUUGAUUCUGUCGCUUCAGUCUCAAUGCCGGACGGGAAUCUGCAUUACAAUGAGGUUUUGGCUGCCUCUGUUAAGAUAUUUGAGAGAAUGUACCCUGGUGAAGAUUUCUUACCAAAAGCGGCUACAUCGUCCGAAGAGGAGGAGCAUGUGUGAACGACUACUGCACCACAUAUGAUAGGGAUGUUUGAGGGAUGCGGUUGUAAUAUGAUUGAUGAGUUUUUUAGAGUUCUUUACUAUCAUGCCAGGUGAAAGUGAAGAUUUCUCCCAGAAAAUAGGGCAGUUUAAGAUUCAAAGCUGAACCAAACCCAACUUUAGAUAGUUUGAGUUUGGUUAGUUUAACAUCUUCACAAGUUGAACCCUUUUAUAGAUUAGUUCACUGACAUUCACGGGUAAUUGUGACUUAACAUGUU